AUGGCUGACAACGGUCCUCCGACGACCUCUGGUCAACUGCCCCCGCCGCCCCAGCCCAAUGCGGGCGCUCCCGGUUACGAGAACGGGCAGAAUGCCGGGUCGAACCCCGCUCAUAUGCCGCCGCCGCCCUUGCACAUACCCCAGAACACGAACCCGAUCCCGACUGCGAUAACGUCGCCGAUGGGCCCGGGCGGCGACAAGAGCGGCAUCAUUUCGCCUGGCAGCGCCGGCCCCUUUGGGCGCCGCGCUGCCCCGGAGCCGAACAAGCGCGCUCUCUAUGUGGGAGGCUUGGAUCCUCGCGUCACCGAAGACGUCCUGCGCCAGAUCUUUGAGACUACCGGCCAUGUCCAGAGCGUGAAGAUCAUCCCCGACAAGAAUGCCAAGGGCUACAAUUACGGCUUCGUUGAGUACGACGACCCGGGCGCUGCUGAACGCGCCAUGCAGACUUUGAACGGCCGUCGUGUCCACCAGUCGGAAAUCAGGGUCAAUUGGGCCUACCAGUCCAACAACUCCAACAAGGAAGACACAUCAAAUCACUUCCACAUCUUCGUCGGCGACCUUUCUAAUGAAGUCAAUGACGAGGUCCUGCUCCAGGCGUUCUCGGCCUUUGGUUCCGUCUCCGAGGCGCGUGUGAUGUGGGACAUGAAGACUGGUCGCUCUCGCGGCUACGGUUUCGUUGCCUUCCGCGAGCGCCCUGAUGCCGAGAAGGCGUUGAGCUCCAUGGAUGGCGAGUGGCUCGGUUCCCGUGCCAUCCGUUGCAACUGGGCCAACCAGAAGGGCCAGCCGUCUAUUGCACAGCAGCAGGCCAUGCAGCAGAUGGGCAUGACUCCGACUACGCCGUACGGUCACCACCACUUUCCGACUCAUGGCGUCCAUAGUUACGACAUGAUCGUCAACCAAACUCCGGCGUGGCAGACGACCUGCUACGUCGGUAAUCUGACACCUUACACGACGCAGAAUGACAUUGUUCCUCUGUUCCAGAACUUUGGCUUUGUCGUCGAAUCGCGCUUCCAGGCAGACCGCGGCUUUGCAUUUGUCAAGAUGGAUACCCACGAGAAUGCUGCCAUGGCUAUCUGUCAGCUCAACGGCUACAAUGUUAACGGCCGUCCUCUGAAGUGCAGCUGGGGCAAGGACAAGACACCGAGCCACCAUGCUGCCCCGUUCGACCCCAACCAGCAGUACAGCCCCCAGAGCGCACAAGCUCCUGGUUAUCCCGGAACGCCCUCGACUUAUUUCAGUCAGUAUGGUGGUAGGUAUCCUGGCAAAUCGACUGCCCCGAACUCGGUUGUUAACGCUCCCGUAGGUUCUUACGGUCCGGGCCAGCAACCGGGUUACGGUGGCCCCCAGGCUCAGUCGCCCGCCGGCUACGGUGCCCAACCGAUGGGCUACAGCGGCCCGCCAAGUGCCGGCGGUUACGGCCGGAGCCCGCAAGCCAACGCGCAGUGGAACCAGCCUCCUCCGGCUCAGAAUUUCAACAACGGCUUUACUGGUUACCAGGGUUAG